GCGAGGGCGCAUCGGCCGAGAUCCCUCGCCAGCCGAGCAGGACAGGGAGUGGGCCUCCGCGGAGGCCGAGGAGGCGCUGCAUGGACAGCAUGCGUUUCUCCGGAGGCCCCGGCGCGGGCUCCGCGGGCAACUUCAGCCGGCGGUGGCCUCUGGCCGCCGGCGGUGCCAACGCCAGCCGGGAAGCGGAGGCGCUCGGGGAAGGCGGCGGCCCGCAGGGGGACGUGCGGAACGAGGAGCUGGCCAAGGUGGAGAUCGCCGUGCUGGCCGUGACUUUCGUGGUGGCCGUGCUGGGUAACAGCUGCGUGCUGCUGGCGCUGCACCGCACGCCUCGCAAGGCGUCCCGCAUGCACCUCUUCAUCCGCCACCUCAGCCUGGCCGACCUGGCCGUCGCCUUCUUCCAGGUGCUGCCGCAGCUGUGCUGGGACAUCACCUACCGUUUCCGCGGCCCCGACGGGCUGUGCCGCGUGGUGAAGCACCUGCAGGUGUUCGGCAUGUUCGCCUCGGCUUACAUGCUGGUGGUCAUGACCGCCGACCGCUACAUCGCCGUGUGCCACCCGCUCAAGACGCUGCAGCAGCCGACGCGCCGCUCGCGCCUCAUGAUCGCCGCCGCCUGGGCGCUGAGCUUCGCGCUGAGCACGCCGCAGUGCUUCAUCUUCUCCAUGGUCGAGGUGAACAACGUCACUCGGGCCUACGACUGCUGGGCCACCUUCAUCCAGCCCUGGGGGCCCCGCGCCUACGUGACCUGGAUGACCGGCAGCAUCUUCGUGGCGCCCGUGGUCGUCCUGGGCACCUGCUACGGCUUCAUCUGCUACCACAUCUGGCGCAACGUCCGCGGAAAGACGGCGUCGCACCGGGACAAGGGCGCCGCGGGCGCGGGCGGCGCUUUCCACAACGGGCUCCUGCUCGCGCCCUGUGUCAGCAGCGUGGAGACCAUCUCCCGCGCCAAGAUCCGGACCGUGAAGAUGACUUUCGUGAUUGUGACGGCUUACAUCGUUUGCUGGAUGCCCUUCUUCAUCAUCCAGAUGUGGUCUGUCUGGGAUAAGAAGUUCAACUGGGUCGAGUCGGAAAACCCCGCCAUCACCAUCACUGCGUUACUGGCUUCCUUGAAUAGUUGCUGCAAUCCCUGGAUAUACAUGUUUUUUAGUGGUCAUCUCCUACAAGACUGUGUCCAAAGCUUCCCCUGCUGCCAAAACAUGAAGCAAACAUUCAACAAAGAAUCGGACAGUAUGAGCAGAAGACAGACUUGCUCUAACAACCGAAGCCCGACAAACAGUACAGGUACAUGGAAGGACUCGCCUAGAUCUUCCAAGUCCGUCAAAUUCAUUCCUGUUUCAACCUGAGCCCCACCUUCAUGCAGCCUGACUCUUGUAACAGACUUUUUGGUCCUUUGGCUGAAUCCAGCUGGAAAUCAUGAGAACAAAUGAAUUUAUAUGAGAUAAGCAUAAAUCAAUUUAUUGGGUACAAGACUGCAGUUCUAGUUGCAUUUUCACGUUGCUAUGACCAAAAGCUAUGAAUUGUUUUAUACAGAAUGUUAAUAAAAACACACUACACUAAAA